AUAUAUACUAAUUAUUAUAAAUGGCGCGUUAGUGAAUUUUUCUGCAGUUUUCUUAUGUAACGCUAAGAAUACGCAGCAGUCAAUAUGAAGAACAUGGGGCUUCUCAAUAUUGUUCUGGUGUUGUUUGUUACCAUGCUCUGUGUCAUGAUGACCUCUGCAGCACCAGCACCUGUUCCACAUCCAAAUCCUAACCCACAAUGGUUAGCAUAUGGAUACCCCGUAUCUUAUUCGUAUGGUUACUGGCCAGCUUACGGUAAGUUAUUUCUAAUAAUAUUAUCUUUUAUAAAUUUAAAAAAACUUACAGCUUUAAAAAUCAUUAAUAUUUAUCACAAUAUCUAUAUCUACACUUAUCAGACCCAGAGCACAUUAAACUCAAACUACGUUGCGGCAUGUUUCGCUAUUUUUUGAGUAUAAUUUGACGAAAUUUUCAUAAUCUGUCAGUAACUGCCGCAGACAAAGUUUGUACGUAGAUAUAUCUCACUUUAGGAUUUUUAGUUCAAAACUAGUUUCAAGAGAUUCGAAAAAAAAACUCAAAAUGGAUUAGUUGCUACUUUUAUACUAGGUUCGAAUUCAGAAGAGGGAAUCAAUAGAGCUAUUCUAUUUUGACGACAUGGAUCUCCUUCAUUCUCCUUACGUGGUUAUUCCAUUCUUUUUUCUUUUAUGUCUCCAUUCAUUUAUACACUGUUUGUUACAUUUUCUUCUAAUGUCUUCACUUUUCUUUCGAUCUCUCAGCGUACUUUCUGUAAUUCUUCUCACUACUCUCAUCUUUACCGUUUCCAGUAGCCUUUGCGUUGUGGCUGUGUCGGGUCUGGUUUCUGAGGCAUAUGUCAUUAUUUGUUAAUAUGUCUGUUUCGCCAUAUAGUUUUAUUAAGGCAUCCUGCCAGUCUAUUUGCUUUUUAUACUUGAUCUCUCACUUCUUUGUCCAGGUCUCCAUAGCUAGGCAGUGUAAUUCCCAAGUAUUUUAUUUCCAUUACUUGUUCAAUACUGAUGCCAUCAAUUUCUAUUUAACAUCUGGUUGGUUCUUUGCUGAAUAUUAUUGUUUUAGUUUUCUAAAAUAAGAUUCUCAUAUUAAAUUCUUUUUGCUCUUAUGUUAAAUCUAUUUGUAGACUAUGUUCAUCUUGUCUAUCAAUUUAGUGUCGUCUGCGCAACACAGUAUUUUUAUUCCUUUGUUUCCCAUUCUGUAUCCUCUUCCUUUAUUAACGCUUUUGAUGAUAUCAUCCAUCAUCAAAUUGAAGAGCAGGGGGCCAAUAUAUCUCCUUGUCUUAUUUAGCUGGAUAUUUAUAUUGGUUCUGUAAGUUGUCCAUCUAUUCUGACUUCCAUUUUGUUCUUUUGGUAGAUGUUUUCGAUAGUUUAUAUAAUAUUUAGGGGAAUUUCUCUAUUAUACAGAAGAUGUAUUACAUCUUUGAGUCUAACUCUGUCUAACGCUUUCUAUUCUCUGGUAUUUUAUCAGACACAGCAAUGCUAGUCUAUUAUACUCUAGUGAUUUCACAGUAAUUUGCUUUAUAACGAAUAUUGCAUCUGUACACGAUCUUCCACUACGAAAACUCUGUUGUUCAUCUGCUAAACUUAUCCUAACUUAUAUAAUUUGAUUUUAUAUAUUAUAUUAUAUUUGAUAUGUGUAUCAAUCCUUUUAUUUUACUUUCCUUGCACUGUUCACCUAUUUUCUUCUUUCUUUCGUAAGAUUUUGAAAAUAUACUAACUUUUUUUUAAAACUUCUUCUUCUUUAAGUACCGUGCCCAAGUCUUAGGCUUGGGUAGCUUCCAUGACGAUUUGCCGAUAUCGUUCUCGAUCUUGCGCGGCAUGUAAUAAUUCAUCUGCUGAUAAGCCAGUCUAUUAACGAAGGUUUCGGAGCCAUGAGUAUUUCUUUCUACCAAUUCCUCUUCUUCCGUCGAUCUUUCCGUUGAGUAUCAACUGCAUUAUCCUGUAUCUGCUUCCUCUCAUUAUAUGUCCCAGAUAUUCGAGUUUUCUUUUUUAUCAUCUUUAUUAAGUCACCUUCACCUUGACCUACUCUGUUCAAGACUUCUCUGUUUGAAAUGUGUUGAACUUGUGAUAUUCUGAGGAAUCUACGAUAUAACCACAUCUCGAAGGCUUGUAAUUUGUUUAUCAUGUUAACCUUCAUAAUACAGGUUUCACAUCCAUACAGUAAUACAGGAUACACAUAACAUUUUAGGAACUUAAUUCUCAGCUGUAAGUUCAGCUGAGAAUUGCUCAGAAUAGAUCUAAGUUUCAUAAAUGCUCCUUUUGCAAUUUCUAUACGAGUUUUAAUUUCUUCAUCUGGAUUUAGUGUCUCGUUUAUGCAACAUCCUUGAUAUUUAAAAUGGUUCUUUUGUUAUCGGUUCAUUAUUGACAAUAGUUUAUAGCGACGAGGUCUUGUUUAUUAACAACAAGUAACUUUGUCUUUGUUGUAUUUAUGCUUAGUCCGUUAUUAGAGCAUUCUCUAGUGACUCGAUCGAUAAGGAGUUAAAGAUCUUCGAUACUUUCAGCCAUGAUUGCGGUGUCACCUGCAUAUCUGAUUUUAUUAAUAGUUUCUCCCACGAUUCGAACUCCACAUUGCCCAUCCAAGGCUUUGUUAAAAAUUAUUUCUGUGUAAACGUUAAACAAAGUUGGAGACAACACACAACUCUGUCUAAGACCUCUUUGAAUACAAAUUUUGUCUGUUUCUUUGUCGUCUACCAGAAUAGAAGCUUCUUGAUUCCAAUGUAGAUGUUGUAAAAGUCUCAGAUCUUUAUCAUCUAAUCCAAUUAUUUCUAGAUAUUCAAACAGCCUACCCUGUUGAACCCUAUCAAACGCCUUCUCAAAAUCUAUAAAACAGACGUAAAUUGGUUUCUGUACUUCCCAUGAUCGUUGAAGUAGUGUUAGCAUUGAAAACAAAGCUUCCCUUGUUCCCAAUCCUUCUCUGAAACCGAAUUGUUUAUUUCCCAUUGUGUCUUCACAUUUCUGCUUGAUUCUAUUAAGAAUUAUCCUAAGAAGUAGCUUGAGAGAGUGACUCAUGAGACUAAUUAGUCUAAAGCCUUUACAUGAUAAUAUAUUAGGUUUUUUUGGAAGUGGAAUAAAUGUAGACUCCAACCAUAUUUGUGGCAGUAUUCCAGUUUCGUAUAUGUGGUUAUAAAUGUUUGUUAGUUCUGAGACAUUGUCGUCGUCUAGAAGUUUGAGCCAGUCUAAUGGGAUUUGGUCAAGGCCUGGAGAUUUCCCAUGUUUUACUUUGUUGGAUGAAUUUCUCUACUUCUGCUUUUAAAAUAAUAGGACCAGUAUUCGUAUACUUUGUGGCGUUAACUGGUGGCCUCGUAUCCAGGAAGAGCUUUUUUAUGUAGUUGGUCCAUUCUUCCUUUUUUUCGUUUAAGUCAAGAAUAAUUUUACCUUUGGAGUUUCUCAUAAAGUGAGCAGUUCUUUUUCUCUGAGUGUAGGUAAUUUCUUUAAGUCUUUUGUGUAUAAUAAACUCGUCAUGUUUUCUUUGUAGUUCUUCCAUCUCACGACAUUUCUGUUCCAUCCAGUCCUCUUUUGCUCGCUUAACCUCGUAUCUUAUUUGUCGAUAUAUUUCUCUAUAUCGAGUCUCAUCUUUAUUUUUACAAUUUCUUCUUUGCUGAAUAAGGUCUAGUAUGUUAUCGGUCAUCCAAUCCUUUUUCUUUACUGGCUCUUUUUCUGAUUUUAAAACUUCGUUUGCUAUGGUAACCAUGGCGGAAUUCAUUAUAUCUAUAUUUUGUCAGAUAUUUUCUUGUUCAGAUCUUUCUAGCUGUUUUUUAAUUUCAUUGAUUCAUCUUAUUUUCGAACUCAUCUGCUAUUACGGCAUUUCUUAGGAGUCGAAUAUUAUGUUUUUUCUGAGCUGUCGGGGUUUUUAUUAUUUUUAAUUUUAGUUUGAAUCCAGCACAGAGCAGAUUAUGAUUAGUUGCUGCGUCUGCACUUGGGAAUGUUUUUGCAUAUGUAAUACUGUUUCUAAACCUCUGUUAAUGAUAAUGUAGUCGAUUAGAUUUCUGACUACCUUUCCUUCUUGAUCAGCUGGAGAUUUUAGUCUCUGCCCUCUUUCGUUCCUUUCUCCAAGUCCAUACUUUCCGUUUCUAUCUUGUGUUAUUUCAGCACCAACUUUUGCGUUCAAGUCGUAGCUUCAUGUUUUUUUGUGCUCCGGAGAAUGUUUAAUACUGCAUUUAUUAAUUAUUGAUUAAAUUUCUUUAUUUUUUAUUUCUAGGAUACGCCUACGCAUCUCCAUAUUAUUACAUUUAGGCCAUAAGAAAACAAAGUCCAGGUUCAAGUGUUUUUUAAUGGAUAAUAUAAAGAAAUUAUACAAUAUCGAAUAACAUAAAAAUAGUAGGUAGAUAACAAUGUCUUCAGUUGUUUGAAAAAAUAUUUAAUUUUUAAUUUUGUUAAAUAUCUUAUCCGAAAUUGUAAUAAAAUAUUUAUUCAUAU